GAUCACUGCUUCUAGAUUUCCAGUUGUUCUGAAAAUCGGCCACGCCCAUGGAGGAAUGGGGAAAGUCAAAGUCGACAACAUAAACGACUUCCAAGAUAUGGCCAGCGUGGUGGCCGUAGCUAACACCUAUUGCACCGUCGAGCCAUACAUCGACUCCAAGUACGACAUACACGUCCAGAAAAUCGGAACGAACUACAAGGCGUUCAUGAGGAAAUCCAUUUCAGGUUGUUGGAAAACCAAUACUGGAUCGGCAAUGUUGGAACAAAUCUCAUUGCUCGAAAAGUAUAAAAUGUGGGUCGACGAAGUUUCUGAUCUAUUUGGUGGAUUGGAUAUAUGUGCCCUCGAAGUUGUGGUUGGUAAAGAUGGAAGAGAACACAUCAUUGAAGUAAAUGAUAGCGCACUCACUCUUCUGGGCGAUACUCAAGAAGAAGACAGAAGACACAUCGCAGACUUGGUGGCUUCGCGCAUGCAAGUCAUAUGUAGACCUAGAACUCCUCCACCGACAGAAGAGCCUCUACCGCCUCCGGUAGGUCCCAGAGGGAUACUAGGCAGCCUAACUAGCCUAACACAGUCAGAUACCCCACCACCAAGUGCUACUUCAGAUGUUCCUUCUUUAGGUAGUAUCGGUAGAAGAGAUAGCCAAGGCUGCCAGAAAAAUGUCGGCUUGAAGCACGGUUAUGUCCUCUGACGAUGUACAUGGGAUGUAUAAAUGGCUAG